AUGUCGGUCACACUGCACACAAACCUCGGCGACCUGAAGAUAGAAAUUUUCUGCGAAAGUGUUCCCAAGACAGCAGAAAACUUUCUCGCUCUCUGCGCCUCGAACUACUAUGACAACUCCCCCUUCCACCGCUUGAUUCCCAAAUUCAUGGCCCAAACCGGUGGUCCGGCGAACCCGACACCCGAGAAUCCAAAGGGAGGCCGCUCCAUCUGGGGCGGCGCCUUCGAGGACGAGAUCCGCCCAGCGCUGAAGCACUCCUCGCGAGGAAUCGUCUCGAUGGCGAAUAAGGGACCCGGAACGAACGGCUCACAGUUCUUUAUUCUGUUCGACAAGGCGCCGCAUCUGGACGGGCUGAACACUGUUUUUGGUCGUCUGAUUGGGGACGACAGCACCGUUACGCUGGCCAAGAUCGAGGCAAUCGAGGUGGACAAGAAGAACAGACCCAAGGAACCGGUCAAGAUUGAGAAGGUUACCAUUCAUGCGAACCCGCUUGCAGGCUGA